AUGCUGCUCGGCAGCGGUCGCGUGGCCGACAGUGUUGCAUCUGUUGCUGCUACCGAUUCGAUCGGGUACCCCAUGGAGCAGCCGCCAGCGUCCGAGGGAAAACUGCAACCCCAGCUGUCGAAAGGCGCCCUACAAAACGCGUUAGAGGGUGAAAAGCAUCGCAGACUGAAAAUUGUCGACGUCGGCGGCAUGGUGGGCGGCCGUCGCGUCGCGCGACCUCGCAACGAAUCAUUCUACCGCGGCCUCGCACCGUCGUCGCGGUCGACAAAGAAGCAGCUCACCGCUGCCGACGAGCAGCUGUGUAAGCGACUGGCUACAUCGCACAACAGCAGCGGCAGCAGCAGCACCUUGCAGCAUCACUCUGACUCCGGCGUCUCCUCAGUGGUUGCAUCGCGGAAGGUGUGCAACGGCAGCUCGAUGUCUCUGCUCUCCCACAAGAGUGCACGUCAGCAAGCCACCGAAGAGGACCGCGAUGCUGGCCUCGCCGCUGCCGCUUCCGGGUGCGCAGUUGUGGACUUGCGAGAGUCCUCCGCGGUUGUGCUGCAGCCACUCGACACUCUGCAGGAUUCCCCCCUCGACGAGGGCAAAGAUCACCCCAGUGGUAAAGACAAUUGCUCCCCAAGCCUCAACGGCGACACCAACUAUCCUGACACAGCGGCGGCAGCGAUAAGGGUGCCAAUGCUGGGGUCUAGGGGCCAUCCGUCUUUCCAGCAGUCCUCCAGAGCUUCUUCGCAGCUUAGCUCUCACCGUACAAGCAACAUAACGGCCAAGCCAUCGUUCAAGGGCUGCAGCGCCAAACCCCAGAGCGUGCCGGGUACCCCGCUCGUGUACGCCGACGGCGUAACUGAGGCUGAUGAGCGGCACCGACCCAUCCGUCGUAUGAGCUCUUCAUGUGACCUGUCGGUUGUCUGGAUUGCGCCGCCGCUCUGUGAGCGGUUGAGGCCGGGCCAAGCGUGCUCUGCCAGGGGCAACUCGAUGACACGGUCCCGCUGCGCGCCAUCAGCGGGGACACCGGUGGCCCAGGCUCGUGUGCCUGGAGCACCUUGCCGCCCCCCAUCAACAACGACGCCGCAUAAGAGGCAGGAAACCUCACGAGCCCGCUCGUCGCACAGUGCCGCCUCAUCUAGCUCUGCCUACAUGGGCGACAAGAGCCACGAAGCGCGACACAUGUUGCAGUGCUGGCUGAGUAGCGCCUGUGGGUCCUUCACCCAUGUGAACAGACCAAAAAUGGGGCCGGCGGGAGAGACGCGCUUUAUCGGUCAUGCAGCAGACAACGACCGCAGCGGCGCGGGUGGCCAUCAGCUGCCAUUCCGUGGGCAGGCUGCUCGACCGCCAGAGUUGGCAACACAAGACUCCCCCUCGACCUCAUCUCAGCGCGAGGCUCUCAGUGCCGUCACGCCAACCGUUGACGAAGUGCUGGCGCGAAACCGUGCCGAUUUCACGGUGCAGCCCAACACCCCCUCCAUUGCGGCGCCAUAUUCUCCGAGUGCAGCUUACACUCGCGGUGGCGACAGAUGGGCUGCCACACCGGCUCAUCCUUCUGCGUUCACCUGGUCGGCUGUCCUCGCCGCAGCUCAACAUCCGUACUAUGCAUCUGGCCCGGAACAGCAGCGCCCUGGGCCCUACGGGCACACGUACGAUGUCGCGUACCACGGCGAAGGUCAGACCUGCCCUGCAGCAGAAGCGACGAGCGCAUGUAUGCGUGGUGACGGUGGGGGUUUCCUUCCAGCGCUGGAACACGCGAAGUCGUCGCACGUGCGGCCUGUCGGCGGCCUCAAGGCAAGCAAGUGGCGGGUACCGGUGCCCCCAGCCAAGCGCCGUGUCAUCUGUGAGUUGCUCGAGCCGGUCGUCCCUGGCCGCCCCAGGGCCACAUUCCGUCGGUCUCAACAACCUCGCCGGCCACCGCAGCGCUAUCCGCAGCGGCCGACUGGCAAAUUGCUGGGAAGCAGCGAACACGAACACAUGAGCCUUGCCGAGGUUGUGGCAGACGCUUCUCUUACACAGCAGGCGCGCCAGCAACCGCUAUCGCUCCGGCGAGAAAACGCGCCCGCGGCAACCAGCGACCGCGGGGACAUGACGCUUACGACCCUGAGUGAGGACGAGGAAUAUGCUUCGGCGCGUAACUACCCGGCCGUGGCGCCUCCGCGAACGACUGCUGCUGCUGACGAUGAUGUGUACACCACCGUGGCUCGGAAACGCAGACGCAACCUCCACAAGAAGAAGGCACAGCAGAAUGCGCGACUGUACCGUAUGUUUGCUCCAUACAUGGAAAGCCUGCAGGUCGGCCCCGGUGCGGACGGGCGAGUCCGCGCGGGGCAGCACAAGCAAAAAAGUCGGAAAAAUGGUCGUGUACGCCAGCAGUGCGGCAGCAGCGACGCCCAAGGCGAUCUACAGGCGAUGAACUACACUGCUCUGGCGACGGAGCGUGACCCGCUGGCUCACCUGCUGAGUCGACACGGAUUUUGGGGUGAGGCAAUGACGCGGCUGUAG